AUGUUAAACAUUCAAAACUACGGUAGUAGCUCUGAAGACGACGAAAUUGACUCAGAUGUUGUACAACAACAUAGCAAUGAAAAGUUAUUGAGUCACUUAAAGCCUGUUGAUUCGACUUUAUCUCUAGCUAAGAAGAUGCAAGUGUGUGCUGCUCCCGUUGUUAUGCCCACGAAUAAUGACGAUAGCAGAGUAUUAAUAUCAAAGAAUCAAGAACUCAUGCAUAAUCCAAAGUAUGAGGAGCUUUUUGCACCCGAGUAUGGUCCAGAGAAUCCUUUCCAAACACAACAAAUGAAGGCAAACAAAAAUAUGCUGUCAGGGUUCGUGGAAAAGGCACAUAUAAGUGAAUUUCAGUUUGAAAACCAGCGAAGGACAUUUACUAGUUAUGGUUUUGCGGUAGAUCCUUCAACUGAACCUAUUAGUGAUAGUGGGAAAGGUGAUGGAAUUGUUGUAUCAGAAACUGUAGCCCCACCAGAAGAUGUGGAAGGAAAGACAGUAUUUGAGACUGUAAAGAAAAAAGAUAAGAAGAAAAGAAACAAAAAUGACAAUCCUUCAGAUAUAGAUGGUUUCCUUGGACCAUGGGGUGGCUAUGUUGGUGAGAAAAGAAUUAUGAAACCUGAAGGUGAUGAAGCAAAGGAACUUGAAGAGAUUGUGGCAAAGAGACAGAAGAAAGGAAAAGUUGACGAUGACAAACCAUUGGAAGAGAAAUCCAUAUUCCACAUUGAUAAGGCCACAGAUUACCAAGGCAGGUCAUGGCUCGAAGUGCCUCGUAGUGAAACUCAGCUGCGUAGUGAUACACCACCUGCCAAAUGCUUCCUACCCAAGUCCCACAUCUUCACAUGGAAGGGUCACACAAAGGGCGUGGCUGCGGUCCGUUGGUUUCCCAAGACUGCACACCUCAUGCUAUCAGCUGGAAUGGAUUGCAGAGUCAAGAUAUGGGAAGUGUACGGCGACCGUCGAUGUGUGCGAACCUACUUCGGCCAUCGGCAGGCUGUUCGAGAUGUCAAUUUCAAUAAUGCAGGAUCACACUUCCUCUCUGCUGCAUACGACCGUUACAUAAAGCUUUGGGAUACGGAGACGGGCGCGUGCGUGUCGCGUUUCACGUCCCGCAAGGUGCCCUACUGUGCCAAGUUCCAUCCUGACGAAGACAAACAGCAUCUGUUCGUUGCCGGGACGUCUGAUAAGAAGAUUAUUUGCUGGGACACCCGCAGUGGUGAGAUAGUCCAAGAAUAUGACCGGCAUUUGGGUGCCGUCAACACGAUCACCUUCGUAGAUGAGAAUCGACGAUUCGUCACCACGUCUGAUGAUAAGAGUCUCAGGGUUUGGGAAUGGGACAUCCCGGUCGACAUGAAGUACAUAGCCGACCCGUCCAUGCACUCUCUCCCCGCUGUGACCGUCUCGCCGAACGGCAAGUGGCUCGCCUGCCAGUCCAUGGACAACAAGGUGAUCGUGUUCAGCGCCCUCAACCGCUUCAAGAUGAAUCGGAAGAAGACCUUCACCGGGCACAUGGUGGCUGGAUACGCGUCCUCAGUCGACUUCUCACCAGAUAUGAGUUACCUAGUGUCGGGCGACGCCGACGGAAAAUGCUACAUUUGGGAUUGGAAAACGACGAAACUCUAUAAGAAGUGGAAAGCACACGACGGGGUCUGCAUCGCCUCCCUCUGGCACCCCCACGAACCCAGCCGCUUGCUGACGGCGGGCUGGGACGGCGUGAUCAAGUACUGGGAUUAA